AUGUCAGCCUCCGGCGCUGAUGCUGCUGCUGUGGCUGCUGCAUCGGCGAAACGCGACGCCGGCGCGCCGCGGCAGCAACCCCACCCCCCGCCGCAGCCGCAGCAGCAGCAGCAGCAGCAGCAGCUGCAGCAGCAGCAGCAGCAGGAGCAGCAGCAGCAGCAGCAGGAGGAUAUGUUUUGUUUAGCAGCAGAUGUGCGAGCAGCAGCAGCAGCAGCAGCAGCAAACCUCCGCGGCCGAUCGGUGGUUUCUGUGUCUUCUCUCUCAGCAGCAGAAAUCACUGCGCUAAUACAAACCACCAACAAACUCAAGUGUAUGUACACCCGAACAGACCCAGCACUACGCCAAACCCUACAAGGCAAGGUGGUUGCGACGGCUUUCUAUGAGCCCAGCACCCGCACGCGCUGCUCCUUCGAGGCGGCGGCGCUUCGCCUGGGGGCCCAGGUCCUCAGCAACCCUGACCUAAAGGCAUCGAGCUCUGUGAAGAAAGGAGAAAGCCUGCAAGACACCGCCAGAAUGUUCGCAGCUUACGCAGACGCCCUCGUACUUAGACACCCAGACAAGGGCAGCUGCGCGUCCGUUGCCUCCCUCCAGUACGGCUUUGGCUCCCCCACAGCCCCCAGCAGCAGCAGCAGCAGCAGCAGCAGCAGCGGUAGCAGCAGCAGCAGCAGCAGCAGCAGCAGGAGCUGCGUGCUGCUGUCUGGGGGGGAUGGAUCGGGGGAGCACCCCACCCAGGCUUUGUUGGAUUUGUAUACUAUUGCCGAGCAGCAGCAGCAGUGGUUUGCUGCUGCUGCUGCUGCAGCAAUUAGAAGAGAGCAGCAGCAGCAGUUAGAGAAGAGAAGCAGCAGACAGACACGCCGCUGCUCUCUCUAG